AACCAGCAACCAGCUGCUGCUUCUCCUCCUUCUGGCUCUUCCCCCAUCCCCCCUCUCAGCUUCCUCCGACUCAAUCUCCCGCCCUCGUAAAUCGCCAGCCCUUUUCCUUCCCAACCCGUCCUUUUUUUUCAUACGAUUCACGGUUUCGUUAGCUUCGUCAACAGGACGUCUCGCGACGAGUGCCGCCGUUUCUGUAUGAGCUUCAACCCUGGUCCUUUAUAAAUGGUUGAGUAUCAUGGUCAAGUGACAUAAUCUCAAAUCGCGAAUAAUCUCUCGCCACGUAGCAACCUCGUCACGUAGUACCUAAGCCUUUCUCAGUUAGCCUAGCAAUGUCGGCGACUCCCGUUGUGCGCGUGACUCGUGGGGACAGGAGCGUGGUGACGCGCUAUGAGGUGGCGUUCCUCGUGCGGCAGUAUCUGCGGGACUGCCGCUUCGUCAGGUCGCUCGAGGCGUUCCAAUCCGAAGCAACGGACCUCCUCGCUCCGAUGCAAGCGGCUCCCGCGCCAGCGAAGAGCCUAGAGGUGAUCUUAAGCGACUACAUAGUACUCUUAGAGGAUCGCACCGCGAUGGACAGCCAGAGGCGGCACGCGGACCGCCUGGUUCAGUCGCUCCAGAUGGCCAUGGAGGCUUACCACGACGGCAUGCGCCCCGCCGGGGGUGCUGCCCCCGUUACAACGGUUACCACUGCUCACGGCGGCGGCGGGCCCGCGGGACCCGCCGGGGGGAGUGGUUCUGCCGGGCACGCGCAACAGGCGGGGAUGCACGGGAGCCCGCAGCAGCAGCAGCAACAGCAGCUGCAGCAGCAAGAGCAGCAGACACAGCAGAACGGCCAGCAGCAGGCGCAGCAACAGCAGUACAACCAGCAGCAGCAGCAGCAGCAGCAGCAGCAGCAGCAGCAGCAGCAGCAGCAGGGCGUGCAAUACUUGCAACAGGAGCAGCAGCUGCCUGCAGCCAACCAGCCGCAGCAACAACUCUCGGUGAUUCGCCAGCAGCACCAACAGCCCCUUGCCCCUGUCAUUUCGCCGCCCCAGCUCCCAGCAUCUGGCGUUCCGCCGCCGCAGCAGCAACAGCAGCAGCAGCAGCAACAGCAGCAGCAGCAGCAGCAAGCGUGGUCGACCCAGUCCCCCCCAUCGCAAACGCCGCCAGUCCUCAAGGGCCCACAGGCGCGCGUCCCCGCCAAACCAGGGCGGCGCAGGCAGGUUGCUGAUCAGGUGUCUACUCAGGUUUCCGCUGCUCAGGUGUCUGCAACAGACAGUGUAUCUGUCCAGCUUAUGUCAAGUAUAGGAGCAGGGCAGCCACCGCAGGUGGGGGAUCCGGGAGUUCUCAAUAAGGCUAAAACCACAACCCUUGCAGUUCUUGGAGCAGGAACAAGAGCAGCAGCACCAGCAGCAGCGCCAACAGCAACAGCAGAACCAGCAGAACCAGCAGCACCAGCAGCACCAGCAGCACCAGCACCAGCACCAGUAGCUGCUCCUGCUGCGUCCUCUGCGCCCAGCCCAUCCCCUGCUGCUCUUGCGCAUGGCUCCACUGCAUCAGUUUCUAAGCUCUCACCUCACCCUGCCGGUGGCCUUGCCACAUCUUCCACUCUGGCUACUGCUGCUCCUGGUGCUACUGCUGCUCCUGCUCCUGGUUCUGCUCCUGCUCCUGCGCCUGCUCCUGCGCCUGCUCCUGCUCCUGCUCCUGCGCCUGCUCCUGCUCCUGCUCCUGCUCCUGCUCCUGCUCCUGCUCCUGCUCCUGCUCCUGCUCCUGCUCCUGCUCCUGCUGCUUCUCCUGCUCCUGCUCCUGCUGCUUCUCCUGCUUCUGCUCCUCCCUUCUCCGCCCAUGCAUCUUCGUCUGACCCUCCUCCCGUUGCUCCUCCCUCUGCGGUCACCCCAGCCUCUGCUUCCGCUGGUGCUGCUCCCAACACAGCUGCUGCUACCACUCCUUCCCUAUCCCUUCCAACGUCUGAUAGUGCAGCUGGCGCCACCGUUGGUACAAAAACUGGUGCCACAACUGCCGCGGCUCCUGUCCCUGCGCCCCCCCCUGCACCCCUCCCCGCGCCUUGCCCUGCGCCGUUCCCAGCGCCCUUCCCUGCGCCUCCCACUAUGGCUGCGCCAACCGUCACAGGUGGCUCAGUUUUCCCUGAGCCAGCAGUGGGUGAGACAUCCACUAGCAGAAGCUUGCUGGCGUCGUUCGCCGGCAAUGCCAACAGGGCGGCGACAGCAGCAACAGCAGCAGCAAAUGCACCAGCAGCAGCAGCAACAACAACAACACCAGCAGCAGCAGCAACAGCAGCAGUUCCUGCUCUAGAGAACGGAACAGCAGUGGGAGCUAGCACUUCGGCAGCCAAUCACACUCAACCUCCUCCUCCUGCUGCUGCCAACACUGCGAGCCCUGCCUCUGCCACCGCUGCCAAUACUGCCCCUGCCACUACUCCUACUCCUUCCUCUGUAAAUGUUUUCAACAUUGGCGCCUGCACUGCGGCUCCCUCCCCUCCCCUGCCGUCUGCUGCGCCAACCACUGCCCCUUGGUUUAAAUCAGCAGCAGCAGCUGCUGCAACAAGUUCCACCAUCAGCGCCAUCACCAGAAUUACCGCCACAGCAGCAGCAGCAGCAGCAGCAGCAGCAGCAGCAGCAGCAGCAGCAGCAGCAGCAGCAGCAGCAGCAGCAGCAGCAGCAGCAGCAGCAGCAGCAGCAGCCAGCAGCAGCAGCAGGCAGCAGCAGCAGCAGCAGCAGCAGCAGCCAGCAGCAGCAGCAGCAGCAGCAGCAGCAGCAGCAGCAGCAGCAGCAGCAGCAGCAGCAGCAGCAGCAGCAGCAGCAGCAGCAGCAGCAGCAGCAGCAGCAGCAGCAGCAGCAGCAGCAGCAGCAGCAGCAGCAGCAGCAGCAGCAGCAGCCAGCAGCAGCAGCAGCAGCAGCAGCAGCAGCAGCAGCAAGCAGCAGCAGCAGCAGCAGCAGCAGCAGCAGCAGCAGCAGCAGCAGCAGCAGCAGCAGCAGCAGCAGCAGCAGCAGCAGCAGCAGCAGCAGCAGCAGCAGCAGCAGCAGCAGCAGCAGCAGCAGCAGCAGCAGCAGCAGCAGCAGCAGCAGCAGCAGCAGCAGCAGCAGCAGCAGCAGCAGCAGCAGCAGCAGCAGCAGCAACAGCAGCAGAAUCAUCCCCAGCUAGUCCCCUGUCACUCCAUCAAAUCACCGCCCAACCCACCCGAAUCCCCACACCCACUCACACUCGCCCCGCCCGCACUCCCCCCGCCCAUGCGCCGUUCCUCCCCCCGCAAACAGUCGACACCACAGAAGCGCCAGUCAGCCGCGCUCUCUCCGCUCUCUCCUGCCAGAACCUCCCCCCCUUUGAAACUAGCACGGAUUGGCACCAGCACCAGGUGCAGCGCUAGCAUCAGCAGCACCUGCAGUGGCGGCAGCAGCAGCAGCAGCCCUUUGAGAUUCCUGCCCCGGUCUUAUCAUUUACAUGGGGGAAAUUCUCCUGCAAAGCCGGUUAAGGUAUCUGGGCUUGCUGCUAUAGGGGCGAUAAGGCCAGGAGCGGCCGCAACAAUGCCGGUGCCAUCCAGCCCGCGGAAAGUUUUUAGGGUGCCCGGGAUUAGUGGAGGGGAAGGGGCGUUCGGAGGAUUAAAUGCCAGUGCUGCUGCUGCUGCUGCUGCUGCUGGUGCUGCUGCUGCUGCUGCUGCUGCUGCUGGUGGUGAUGCUGGUGGUGCUAUGAAUGAGGGAGCGGAUGGAAGGGCAAGAGUAGGUGGUCUUGCAGUGUAUACCGCAGUGAUGAGCAGUCCCAGCUCAUCUGAAGCACCGUUUACAACCAUGCUGGAGAGCCCAGUGGGGCAAGGCGGCAGGGGACUGGGGUUAGGGUUUGGGGUUGACAGCACCACUCCGAAAAAGUGGCAUGGAAAGGGGGGCUUGGAGGGACGGCAGGGGAGAGGCAGUGAAGUGAUUCAGGGGGGAGGGCAGGGCGAAGUGGCAAAUGGCAAUGUGAGCGUGGAAGGGACAGGGCUUGUGGAAGCGUUUGGUAGGGAGCCUGGUUUUAACUCCAGAGGAGAGCCGGGAGGGAGUUUGCAUGGAGGGGUGAAAGGAGGGGAUUUGGUUGGAGAGGACAAAGGAAGUGUGGGGAAAGCCAUGGCUAGUCGCAAGGGGGAUAGUAGAGAGGGAAGCCCCUUGGGGAUGCUGAGAAGUGAAGGGAGUGUGAGGACAAGUGGAGAGGUGAGCGGAGACGAAGGGGAGGACAAAGAUGGAGAACGAGAGGAGGAGAGAGAGGGAGAGGGAGAGGAGGAGGAGGACGAGGAGGAUGGUGGGGAUGGCGGGCGAGAGAGCGGGGGAAAUGGCAGCAUAAGCACAGGAUCAGGUGGAAUAUCAGGAGAGGCAUCAGGAGGAAGGUCAGGAGAAGGCUCCGGAGAGGCAUCAGGAGAAGCAUCGGGAGAAGCAUCGGGAGAAGCAUCGGGAGAAGCCGGGCCGGGCGAGGACUUUGACCAGUGGUUCCACUCACUGGUGCUGGACGAGGAAGAUGUGAUGGCCAUAGUGGGCGACUAUAUCGCCAACGAUGACGACCUCCCCGGCCGCAUUGCCCACUGCAUCAACUCUGCCGGCAUGCGGGGGGGAGAGGACGAGGACAUGAGCCUUCCAAGUGGAGAGUUAGUGGAGGACAUUUUAGCAAGCAUAGAGGCCAACCCCCAGCUUGGGCCAAUGCUUGGGCUCAUGCCGCCUGCCAGCCACUCCUCCGCCCCUUCACAAGGGCCAGAGCCUUCAGGCAAUGACUCUGCCGCCGAGCAAUGAACACGCUUUCUUCUCGUUUUAUUUUCAUUUGCACUGUCUCCUUUUAUUUUCAUUUGCACCUUUUAUACGGACCGGGGUUAUCGAAAGGAGGUAUGAAAUGCAAUCCUCUGAUUGCAUGGGGAUUCUGUACCUGCUGCUGAUUUUUGUAUUUCCCCUUAUAAACAGUCAGUUUGCUU